AUGAACGUGCCAGUCAUCGUAGCGGGUCAUUUGGGGUUUGGAACGGACAUAUGGGGCAUGCGGCCCGACAACAUCACCGUCAGCUUGAAGUGGCUCUAUGUCGCCUACUUCAUGUACAUGAUCGCCGAAGCGCUGUGCCAGCUCUCCAUCCUCGCAUUCUACCUCCGUAUCAUGGUAAACAAGAAGUCGCGCCUGGCCGUCUGGAUCUUGAUAGGACUCGUCCUGGGGUUCGGGCUCGCAAACACGUUUAGCAUGAUCUUCCAGUGCGCACCCAUUCAUUUCUUCUGGGACGGCUGGAAAGGGGACAAACCCGGAUCUUGCAUCGAUGUUCGUCUGUUCGGCUUUAUCCGAGGCGGGAUCGAGAUCUUUCUCGACCUGGCUAUUCUGACGCUGCCUCUCCCUAUGCUGGCCGGACUGAAGAUGUCGAGGAAGAAGAAGCUGCAGAUCAUGUCCAUAUUCUGUGUAGGCUUUAUCAUUACGAUUGUGAGCUGCCUCCGGCUUCAAUCCUUCGUGCAAUUUGCCAACACUCAAAACCCGACCUAUGACAACACUGCCGGUCUUUACUGGUGCGCGACCGAAUCCAACCUCUUUACCGUCGUCGCCUGCAUGCCCGCCAUACAAAGCAUCUUCCACAAGGCGUUGAGGCAAGUGCGCGGCGCCAGCACUUACGCGGGCAAGAGCAACUAUGGUAGCGACGGUCCGGGCAAAGGGUCAUACUUGCGUCAGGGCUCCGGCCGCGACCAGAAGUCUGGCAGCCUUCCAUUUGGUGUCAUCUCCAAGUCCACAGACGUGAACAUUUACCGCACCGAACGAUCAGAUUCCGAUAUCGAGCUAGUAGAUGGCCGGCCUUCGACCUGA